CCGCAGUCAAAAACAUCAUAAACUGUAGUAGAGAAACUGACGACAAACCAUCCACCAGCCAGCCAGCCGACGAACAACGAAGAAGCAACCAACAACCGACCAAAACCAAACUUGUUGACGUGAGAGCAUCACCAGCCAGCCAGCCUUGAGAUCAUGGCGGAAGCGAUGGACACGGGUCCCGAGGGCGUUGCGUACGCUACAGAGACCGCAACCUCUGCCGAGGAGCUCUGGCCAAAGGUGACGGAGGACAUUGAUGUCAAGGACAAGAAGGCGGUCAAGGCAAAGGAAACGGCCAUUUCCAACCUCUGCGAACAGCUCUACAAAGCCGCCGACGCAGACGGCUUGAGGCGGCUGAUUGAUGCCAUCAAGCCGUUUCUCAACGUCGUCAGCAAGGCAAAGGGCGGAAAGCUGUUCAAACAGAUUAUCGAUCGCUUUGUCGACCUCACCAAUGCCACCGCGGACGAGAAGGUUGCCAUGUGCAAGGACUGCAUCUCAUGGGCCAAGGACAGCAAGCGCACUUUCCUUCGCCAAGCUCUCGAGGUUCGUCUCAUCUCGCUGCACCUGGAGGCGGGCGAGUACCAGGAGUGCUUGACACAGAUCCGCCCGCUCCUGCGGGAGCUCAAGCGCCUUGACGACAGGCAGCUGCUCAUGGAGGUGCACCUCAUGGAGAGCAAGGCAUACUUCUUCCUCUCAAACUACCCAAAGGCCCGUGCUGCGCUGGUUGCUGCGCGAACCAUUGCCAACUCCAUCUACUGUCCGCCACGCAUGCAGGCCUCCCUCGACCUCCAAUCGGGUGUUCUUCAUGCACAAGAGGCCGACUUCAAGACAGCGUACUCCUACCUCUAUGAAGCCUUUGAGGGCUUUGACUCUGUGGAUGUGCCCCAGGCUGCCCUGCGCAGUCUCAAGUACAUGCUGCUGGCCAAGAUUCUCCUCGAGGAGGCGGCAGACAUCCCCGCCAUCAUCACAGGCAAACUCGCCCUCAAGUACUCUGGUCGGGAACUUGAUGCCAUGCAGGCCGUUGCCUCUGCAAGCCUCAACCGCUCCCUCGCCGACUUUCAACAGGCCAUGACAGAUUUUGCAAAGGAGCUCAAGGAGGACUUUGUUGUGCAGAACCACGUGACGGAGCUGUAUGAUUCCCUGUUGGAGCAGAACCUCAUGCGCCUUGUGGAGCCCUUUUCCCGCGUCGAGAUUGACCACCUGGCAGAGCUGAUUGACCUGCCGGUGGAUGCUGUCGAGCAGAAACUGUCGCAGAUGAUCCUCGACCACAAGCUGCACGGCAUUCUGGACCAAGGUGCCAACUGCCUCCAGCUGUUUGACGAGGAAGCGCGCAACGAAACGUAUCAGAAGACACUGGACACGAUUGCGCAGACCAACCUUGUUGUGGAUGCACUUUACAAAAAGGCCAAGGGUGUCGUGUAAUUCUCGCCCGCACACAAGCACGCUUCAAGUGUUCUCGUGCGUGCUUGCUUCCUUCUCUGCGUUGUUGGUGCCUCUUUGUUCUGCUGGCACGUGCAUGCAAUACAAUCAUUACAGAAAAAGUGAAACAC